AUGAUCAAUGAACAUGAUGUCAAGAACCAAGAUAUAAGACAAGAUGAAGAAAAAGAAGAAGAAGAAGUAGAAAGAUUGCAGAAAGAGCAGAAUGAAAUAAUAGAGGACCAAGAUAAAAGAGAAGAAGAAGAAAGAUUGGAGAAAGAGCAGAAUGAAAUAGAACUUGGAGAGGGAAAUGUUGUCGAUAAUCAAGGUUUGACAUUAACACAGAUCCGAUCUUUGCAAGAUGAAGAAUACCUUGCUAGUCUAAAUGCUGACAGAAAGAAGGACCAAGAAAAAAGAGAAGAAGAAGAAAGGUUGGCGAAAGAGCAGAAUGAAAUGAUAGAACUUGAAGAGAUAAUAAAAAGAAGAAAAAGAGAUCUCCCUGUAGAACCAGAGACAGGGUUUAUAUUGAAAUUAAGGACAGGUGAAAGAAGAAGAUUUAGGCAAACAGAUUCAGUUCAGAUACUGAUCGAAUUUGUGGGAUCUCAGCCCUUUUCAACUAAGGGAUAUGAAAUUAUUGUUGUGGGCACAGAGAAAAAAAUCAGUUCCUGGACUAGUAGUGGAAAUCUUGCAGACUUUGGGAUACGUCAUUCUGCAGUUGUUGAGGUUAUGUGGAAUGUUGACGAGCCAACAACUACCAUACCAAUUAUAAGGACAUAUGAAGAUUUAAUUACCAGCACCUACACAGAUAAUUUUGAUGUUGAUGACGAUCAGGAUCAAGACCAAGAUCAAGAUACUGCUGGGAGUUUAGCCUCUGUCAGACAGGAAGAGGACGCACAUGUAGAUGUUAGGGAACUAUUACAAACCUGGAAAAUUAAAGAAAUUGAUUUGGACAAUUUUCAGAAGAUAGUUGUGUCUAGACAACCCAGGUCAUUGUGGGAGCAUUCAUUACGGUGCUUCAACAGAGAAAAUUUUAAAUUAAACCACACGUUAAAGGUUGAGUUCCGUAAUGAAUGCGGAGAAGAUGAAGGUGGCUUAAGGAGAGAAUAUCUGGAAAUUCUUCUACGACAGAUGUUGAAGUCAUCUUAUUUUGAAGGUGAACAAUAUGACGAGGCAGUUCAAAAUAUACUCGAAUCUGCAGGUAUAAAUCUGAGAAUUUCGGCAACAUCAAAGAGUACUAUAUCUAAGGCUUUGAUAGCUUAUUUUUCGCGAGUGACUUCCAAGAAAGCCAUCUUAGACCAGUUCUGGGAAGGAGCAGAACAGAUUGGUCUACAAACACUGUUAAAAUCAAAUACAGGAAAUAUCAGGAAAAUUCUAUGCAAAUGCUGUGGUGUUCCGCAAGAACUAACAGGGGACAUGUUCAUGGAUAUGUGCGUUGUUAAAAGUUUUGGAGAAAGGGGGAGUAAUAUGCGGCAGCAAUCGGAAGAUGUGGCACAAAAUUUUGAAAGUUUUGUGUUUGAUUGUCAAGAAGGUAAAUGUCAGUACACCGACGGGGUCGUACAUCUUUGUGAUAUCCUGCAAUUCCUAACAGGAUGCAGCAGCAUUCCACCAGGUGGAUUUGACAACAAAUUUACAGUAAAUUUCACUGAUGUUAAAUGCUACCCGAGCGUAUCAACCUGCACCUUGGACCUGACAUUGCCUAUUCAUUUGGUGAAUUAUACGAAUUUUCAUGACGUAAUGAAAGAGGCAAUUGUAUCUGGACCUGGCUUUGGACUAAUAUAAUGUA